AACUCAUUUUGAUACACUGAUCAUACGAAACUGUUGCAUACGAGUUGUUGAUAAUAAAAACUGAAAUUAUUUCGUUGCGUGGUGUUAAGUGUAAAGAAAUUGUGUCAAAACGGAUAUAAAUUUGACUUAAAAUAUAAAUGCUGAGUAAGCUCAGGGGCAUUUUCAAUGCGCAUUAAUCCUGACAAAAUAUUAAUUUAGAUAAUGGUCUUGAACAUGACCGCAUUCUAAACCUUCCAAUUGUUACGGUUAAUUGGUAUUGAAACACAAACAAAUACGCAAAAGUAUAUUUGUAUUAAGUGGAUAUAGACAAGUAAGAAAUAUGAUAUUCCAGAACCUUCUUGCCUCAACGUCAACACUUUUCGUUGCACUUUUUCAUUUAGGAUCUAUGGAUGUGGUGGGUUUUUCUGACGUGCGCAUCACAGGUGGCAAAGACUUCCUUGGUAUGGUUCAAUUUAAUGAAAACGGAACGUGGCAUAGUCUUUGUGCGGAUGGGUUUGGUAGAAAAGAUGCAAAAGUUGUGUGCACACAGCUUGGGUUUAAGAAUGGAAUGGCUUUGAACAUGAGCUCUGAAAUAAUUGCAGAUCGAGGAUUAAAAGCUCGUCCAAAUAUUUCUUGUGAGGGCGAUGAGAGAUCGAUACUGGAAUGCAAAUAUGACAAAGAAGGGCGUUGCAAGGACAGGUGGAAUUAUGCCGGAGUUCUAUGCUACAACCACAUCAAGCCCACUUUACGAAUGAACGGUACAUCAAACUCCGGUGUGGUUGAGAUUCAAGUCGACAACAAUAAUUACACAUUCUGUGAACGUCAGUGGGGGACUCGGCAAGUGGAUGGUCCAUCUAGCCGUACCUGCAGGCAUUUCGGAUUCAACGAUGGAAAAGGCAGGAUAUAUCCAAAUGGUGACCGGACUAUGUUAGCUGUUAGCCUCUCGUGUUCCUACAACCAAAGAUCCAUUUUCUCGUGUUCCUGGUCCUUCAAAGACGAUUCCAAAUGCCUGCAAGAGAAUAUUGCUGCUGGUGUUGUUUGCUACAAAAAUGUGCGUAUUUCUGGUGGUUGGGAGAAUGAAACAAUGAUUGCUGGUGUCGUGGAAAUGUAUCAUCCCGACUACAGUCCUAUAUCGAAUUGGUUUACCAUGGGCCCUAUCGGCUUCGACGAAAGAGAGGCAAUUGUUGUGUGUCGAGAACUGGGAUUUUCCUACAGUAAAAUUUUACCGACAGGAAUUUUUGGAUCAAAGAGCAUUCCCAUUUUCCACCAAUUUAGUUGUAGUGGAAAUGAAACUAAUUUUGCUGACUGUGACUACGAAAAGGCAAACCAGGGAGACUUUACCACCGUAUAUCGCUGCUUUGGACAAGGUCGAACCUGUCUGGGGCGGACAACUAAGACCUACGAAUACUCUUCUAUUGUCUGCUCUGAAUACACUAUUGGAAACACAGGUAUUAAGGUCCUCCCCAUUGAUCAGUCACCUUCAAUAGUGUAUGUGGAGAAAGACGGAAUAAAGGGGGUUAUCUACCCUGAAGGUUGGGACGAUAAUGACGCCCAGGUCAUGUGUCAACAGCAGGGUUAUAAAACAGGAGUCGCCCUCGGGCCCGUGUAUGCAGAUCUAAGAUACCCUUACUGGAUGUCAAAGGUGAAAUGCGAUGGAACAGAAGAACACAUCGAAAAUUGCAAAUUUGAUGAAACACCUCCUCCCUGGAAAGAUCACUCAUUUAGGGACCUUCGCAACGUAGCACAAGUGCAUUGUACAAAUGGGACAGGUGUCGAGAUACGACUUGAGUCAGGGACAUCGCCAAAUUCGGGAGUAGUAAAGGUUUCUGUUAACGGGGAGUGGGGCGUUAUCUGCGAUAGUGAUUGGACUAAUAUGGACGCCAGGGUUGCCUGUCGGCACUUAGGCUUUAAUGACGGUCUUGCUGGUACCACGGUUAUCAAAUCAUUAACAGUUGUUCGUUCGUGGUUGUACGACAUAGAAUGUAGUGGUGAGGAAAGGUCUAUCUUCUCUUGUCCGGGACGUUUCAAUGUUACGAACAUACGUUUUUAUGAUAAGUGCAUGCCGUAUGUUUUCUGUGCAGAAAAAGUUCGUCUCAUACCAAAUGUGACAUUUGGCGCAGUUCAAGUAUGGGACAGGGAUGACUAUCACCUUGUGUGUGCGGAAGGUUUUGAUGAACUUGCUGCUCAAGCAGUGUGUCGAUCCCUUGGGUUCGCCUACGGGACAAGCAUAUGCUGCUCCGCAUUCGGAAGGAUGGAAUACAGCAUUGUUUAUAGCAAUAUCAAAUGUACUGGUAUCGAGUCAAGUAUACUCGAAUGCGAUUAUGUUAAAUACUUUCCCAACUGCACCAGUGGAUAUUACGCCUCUGUAGCCUGCUCGGAUAAACCUGAAAAUGAAGAUUAUGAAUUAAAAAUACAUCGAUCCGGAAAAGUUACCACUAGACAUUUUGAUAAUUCGGGCUUUAUCUGCGCUAAUGGUUUUGACGAUGCAGAAGCGACAGUAAUUUGCAAGGAGAUGGGAUAUAAAGGUGGAUCUGCGUACUUCCAUUCAAGGCAUACAAAAUAUUCAACAGUCCCACUUCUAGGAGUUCCAUGGUUAGCAAAUAUUGCUUGCAAGGGAACCGAAGAGUACCUGGGAAAAUGUGAAAAAAACGAUUGGGGCUCAGUUGGGUCUUGCGAUGAAAACAAAAUACCUGCAGUUUAUUGUUACAACAAAACGGGUUUUUCUUUUGCCCUUGUAAAUGGAACGGAUGAAGAUAAUGGGCUUGUUGUGUUCACAAUAGAUGAUAAAGAGGGCGCAAUUUGCCUACGCGAUAGCGUUAUAGAAGAACGACAGCAACUUGCAGCCAUCGUAUGUAAACAGCUUGGAUAUGGAAAAGGCAGGUUGCUUUUGAAUGGAACUGAUGCUGAGAAUGAGGUCGACAUAAUGGAACGAUUUCCUGGAAAGUUGGAUGUGUUUAUAACCAAGGCUAAGUGUAACGGAAAUGAUAGCAGUCUAACGGAGUGCACGUAUAGGGUUGUAGAAGACAGGUCAUCGUUCACUGAGGAUUGGAUACCGGUUGCUGAAUACGAUUGUAACAGUUGGAGUUGUAUGAGAGCAUAUUAUUACAACCGAGGGUAUGCGAUAGAACGAGAACUCUCAUGUUGGAAAGGAAAACGACGUCUGGCUGUCAAAUGCUUCCUUUAAUACCAUGCCUUGGUACCAUGUGCUUUUUAGAUAAUAGAUCAUACAUAGAAACAUUCAAUUGUUUUUCAUUAGAUUAUAUAGAGUAGUUUUUGUGCAUUAAUGUCCGCAACGGAUCGUCAAAUUUGAUGUAAAUGAUGU